CAAUGUUAAGACAAAUUACUAAAUUCUUUUCAAGAUACCCUACAUGUCUCAUUUUAAUUCAUCUUCUCGUUAUAAAAUUAGUUCAUGUACAGCACUAUAAUAAAUUUUACAUCUUCUGUAUUUGUCUAGAGGCGCGUUCCUAUAUCAGUAUCAAAUAAUGUAACAUUUCCUAUGUAUAUGUUUUUGUUUGCAAUACAUUAUUGUUAAGUGCAGAUAAUUACAUUUUAUAUGAAUUAUGUUUUUGUUUGCAAUACAUUGUUUAAGUGCAUAUAAUUGUAUCAACAAAAGAAACAAAAGAAAUAUUGUACAGUAUAUUAAUGUCUUUUAUUUGGCAAACUUAUGAAACAAAAAUGUCAAAAAAGUCAGUUUAUAGAUGUCUAGAAAAUUUCGAUGAAAAUAAAAUGAUUUAACAUUUUUCAAAAUUUUUCCAUUUCGGAGUACUACUUCAAAACCAGAUUAAAAAAAAAAUGGGCCAUGAACAAGAGCGCCUCCUCGUGGUGUGGCCUGGAUGUAGUCUGGCUUGAUUACUUCAUCAUCUUUAAUAUGCUCUUUAUCAAUUUUCAAAUACAGUAUGUGGUCACUGCCAGGCUAUAACUGAACGCUCUUUUCAAUAAGAUGACAACGAUAAACAUUAUAUUAUACCACACACCGCUCAUUCGGAAGUUCUCGGUUUUUAUCCUUACCGGAGAUGAAUGUAAACAAUCGGUAAAAUACUGCAAAAUAAACCAUGUCUGGCCGGUAGAGAUUCUUAACUCCCAACAUUCAUACAGCACCCCUUAGAUGAAAACAUCAAGAAAAUAACCUACAUACAGAUACCUGGCUAAAUGACUUUAGUAGUUUAUCAUCUUUUAGUAAAAGAUUAUAUGAUAUGAAGUCUGAAGAUGUAAGUUACAAUUCGAAUAAAAUUACAUUUAUGAGACCAUUUAGAAUUCCUGAGAUGACAUGGUUGGUAUACAAACAGUUAGUUAAUAAGAUGCAAGCAAGGAAACUGUCAUGUAUGGCACCAGUCAGUGAAGUGGUCAAUACAGGUACAUUGGAUAUAAAGGCAAAGAUGAAGGAAAUGCAGCAAUUAGAGGCAGAUAUUCAACAAUUCAUCACCAGUGAAACACCCAUACAAAGAUUGAAAAGAACAUUCACAUUUGAUGUAAAUACAGGAAAGAGCUCUGUACAAGCUGCACGUUUUGAAAUGGUGGUUAAAACAGCUGUUUUUGGAUUGUUUGGUUUUGGUUGUUUGAAAGGCUACUAUGAAGGUCGAGAGGAAUUCAUGAGAGCAAACAAAGUUACUAUGUUUGCUUCAAGGGGAGCCGCCCAUAAACGGAGAUCUAAUCACAUUAUGAGAUGUGUACUACGCUGUGGAUCACUGCUUGCUUGGAAAGGAGGCUUGUGUUGUUCUUCAGUUUUUGGUUUAUAUCAGUGUAUAGAGAUUUACAUGAACAAAACAACACCAUGGUCCUUAACUUUUGCAUUUGGGGUUGGUGGAAGUUUAAUGAAGAUUGGUCUAGGUCCAAAAGGCAUGUUUUCCGGUUUUGUUAUAGCCUCAUUUCUAGGGUUAAUUGGAGGUUUGGCAACCUGUGGUAUGUUAAAAAUGGUUGGAGAAACUCAAGAAGAACUCAAUUACCAGGAAGUGAAAGCUAAUUUUAUUGCUAGAAGGAGAUUCCAGAAGAAAGAAUUGCAUCCAGUUACAGAGUACCAUGAAGAAGUCGAUGACAUAGAGUGACAUAUUUUGCUUUUGUUAGAAAUGUUGAGUCUGUUUAUCCAAAGCAAAUUAAAAAUACUUGCAAGUGAAA